ACACGGGGUUGCAUUGGCUGCACGUUUCCAGCGCUGUGGUGGGUGGCAGAAGGAAGCGAUCGAUUUUGUUCAAGGAGAUUCAGCACAGGAGGAGGUUUACUCUGAUGUCAUCAUCUAUUUGGUCUAACCUUUUUAUGGUUUGUUCACGAGCGGUGGGACAAUGGAAAUUUCCAGGAAGCCUCGUUUUUUUGUCUGGUAGGACGAGACUGCCGUGCAUUCAGAGCGCAGGAAAGAGAGACGCGCCGGAUCUGGUUUCUAUCAAUGAGGGGGAACUCGAGGAGCAGUUUGUGAGAGGGCGUGGACCCGGGGGACAGGCCACCAACAAAACCAACAACUGUGUGGUGCUGAAGCACAUUCCAUCUGGAAUCGUGGUGAAGUGUCACCAGACACGGUCGGUGGAGACCAACAGAAAGAGAGCCAGAACAAUUAUGCAGGGGAAGCUUGACGUUUUCUACAAAGGCGAAGACAGUGACAUUGUGAAAAACCGCAAAGAAGCUGAGUGGAGGAAGCAAGACAAAAGGAAGAAGGCAAAAGACAUUUUAGAAAAGAAGAAAGAGUUUAAAGGAAAUCUUCAACCAGAUUCCAAACAAAGUGAGGAAACCGACUCCUGAAAGUGUUUAAAUGUGUUCUCCGAAGACAAGCUGCCUUGAGUUAUGAAAUGACAACAUCAGAAAUAGGGUUUUCUUUCUCUGACCCAGGGGGAAAGAAAGCUGCGAGAUAUAAGCGUGUGCUACGGUUAUAAAGGGUGGUGGAGCGAGUGAGACAGAACAUGACCAUAUUGAAAUUAUAAAUGGGACUGGAUUUCUGGUGAUUUUGAAAAGGGUGUGAUGUUUUGUUUUUUAUUAUUGUCUUUAAAAUAGACACAAAAACACCAAAGGUACAGUUGUAUCCCAGUUUGUUACAUUGCCAUUCAGCAAUGAUUUAGUACAUUUCUGAGAGUGGGAACUUUGAAUUCUGGGUACUCAAGUACUUAUUCAUGCAUCUAACAGAAGUUGUCUGUAAAACCUAUUAAAAUAUAUAAUUUGUAUAUAAGGGUGCACAGGUAUAUAUAAUGGAAGGUACAACUGAAAAUUAAAAACUGUGAAAAUUGCAGAUUUAAUGAAAAUAAGUUUUAUUACACUGAGUAAUAAAUACAUACAAAGAUGCAAAUAAUGGCUUUAUUACAAUAGUUUAUCCAAACCCAGUAUGUGGUAUUUUUGGCACUAUUAGUUACUCUGCCUCCUAAGUGUGUCAAAAAUAUGAAAUCUUAGGACUGGUUCUCUGUCAUUAAAUGCCCCUACUACAGUCUAACCCUGUACAAGCCAUGCAGUUUUUAGUUUAUAAAUUAGGAGAUCUGGCUACCAAGCAUGCAAAGUCAUUAGUUUCUCUUUCUAUGAAGUCAAGAAAAGGUGAUAGGUUCCCAAAUGGGGGAAAAAAAAAAGUAUUAAAGUAUGCAAAUUCCUGUCAA